AUGGUUUGGCUUUUUGGUCCAUCAAAACCUCAAGUGCAAAUGGUAGCGGUCGAUGAUAAUCAUGAUUUAUCAUCGUCAUUAACAUCCGAUCUAAGCUCUGAUAAUAAUAUUUCUCGUUUACCGCAACCAAUGAUUGCACUCGAUGAAAUAAAACAAUCUGGAUUACCUAUUCAUCAACAAAUUGCACCAUAUUUACAAAUGGAUCCGAGUGUAUUUCAACAAGCAACUCCAGAAUAUGUUAUGCCAGUUGGAACUACUGGAAAAGGUAAAUUUGAAUUUGCGCUUGGAAAUAUUGGAUGGGGUGUUAUAGGUGGAUAUAGUUUUGGAUGUAUGCGUGGAUUUUUGCCAGAAUUUUUCAAUCGUGACACAAAGCAGUUGCGAGGCAAACCGUGGGUAACUCGUAUGGUGAAUGCAACGGUCAAACAUGGGAGUGGAUAUGCUCAGCCCGCUGGUGCUAUUGUUGUUAUGUAUUCGUUGCUUGAACUUAUAUUAAGAAAAUUAAGAGCAGAUGAUGAUCUCAAUUCAAUUGCUGCUGGUGGAUUGACGGGAGCGAUUUAUCGCUCGCCAUAUGGUUUACGUGCUUCAGCAGUUGGUUCGAUUUUUGGUUUUGCGAUUGCUACUUUAUGGGUUCUUGCGCAAACGGAUAGUCGACAGAGAAUCACCGAAAUUAAUUAUUUUUAA